GCGCUAGAAGUUCUGUUGCGAACACCAAAAUAUUUCUCAAAAAGAAUGCAUUCAUUCAAAUGCUUGCACUUCUAUGCUUAUUGGGACAGAUCUCUUGAGAAUGACAACACAAUGACGCCAAACUACAUCCGAGUAUCUCAAGCGCCUAGAAAAUACAAAAAUUAUUAUAAAGAUUUCAGUCUUGAAGUUGAUCGAUGGCUGGAAAUUAAAGUAGAUAUGAGUGUAUUUGAAGACUAUCAAGUAGAGUUUGCUACUUAUUCUUGCUAUACUCGAUCCAUUGUUGUCGUGGAUGAUGUUAGGAUCGUGGAUGGGAGAUGUUCAGAUAUGAAGCCUAUUACAAGUCCAUCUACCACUACUACUUUUGAAUAUACAACAAGUACUCCUGAUCCCUCUACCAGUACUUUGUCUAGGACAGAAAGUACUCCGGAUCUCUUUACCAGUACUUUGUCUACAACAGAAAGUACUCUGAAUCUCUUUGCCAGUACUUUGUCUACGACAGAAAGUACUCCGGAUCUCUUUACCAGUACUGUGUCUACGAAAGAAAGUACUUCAACUAUUGGUUCAAUUGACGAAGAGAAAACUGGAAAGACUAUGUUCACCAGAGAAGAUCAAAAUACAAAGCCUUCUUUCACGACUAAAGGAACUUCUCUUGAAGAACUAACUACUAGCAAAGAGAGUAAAAGUCCAUCGAUAUCCACAUUUCAAUUAACAAGCACUUCAAAGCAAGUUACCAGUAACAAGAUUUCAACUCAAAGUACUUCAGCAAUUAGUACGAGUGACAAAGAAAACAUUGGAACAUCGAUCAUCAUCAAAGAUGAUAAAAAGGAAAAACCCACGACAAUGGCUUUGAUUAUUGAACCAACAAAUAAAAAUCAGACGCUGGUCUUUAUUUUUGUUUUCUUUCUGGGAGCUACUUUUCUCAUAGUUCUUGCUGGAGUCGCCUUGUCUGCAAUAACGUAUAAAAGUUUGAGGAAGAGUGUCCUGAUUGCAAUGAAGUGAGAGCAUCUUCAUUUAAUGCAUCUGAACAUCACGUAGAAUUAAUAAACAUCCUUAUACUGUAUGAAAACUUUAUGUUGUUUUAAAUAUAACAGUCUGUGUAGAUUAAUAAAUUUUGAUGAUAACAACUA